AUGGGUGAAUUUAAGCAUUUUGAUUUAAGUCAACAGUUCUUUACGUAUGUGCUAAAGUGUAAGGGAGUAGGGCGAGAAUAUGUGGAGUUAUUGUCGGAUAUUGUGACAAAAAAGCAUGAAAUCACCAUGAAAAGUAUGAACGUUACAUCUUGGCAUUAUCAAUCACCAGCGAGACGAGCUUUGAAGAGAAAUAGAUUAGGACCACCCGAUGUCUAUCCACAAGACGCUAAACAAGAAGAAGAUAAUUUAGGAGCGGAUCGUCUAAAAAAGGGGUACCAAGUUGCGGUAACAUCGUAUGAACAUGAAUCAAUUGUUUACAACGCUAAGGUACCACGUUUGGAUCGCUUGGAUGAUACCAUGUUGCGUUCAGCACAACUAGUGAUGCAAAUAAUGAACAAAAAGUUGGAGCUGAAUGCAAAUCUUGAUAAAGAACGGAAGCGUACUGGAAAUGGUUUAAAAGAUAGUAUCAGUAAUGGAAGCAACAGUGUGGGCAGUGGUCCACAGUCUUUUUUUCAGCAGUUUAGUCAUAAUGUUGAAAAAGCUAAGAGAUCGAAGGAACGAAACGAUUGGUUUGCUGAUUUGUCUCAUGGCAAGUGUCUAGGUUUAUUAGCCCGAAAGCUACCUUUUUUUCGUAGAAAGGAAGACGCUUUGGAGUACCUAUGUGAUUAUAAAAUCCCUGUGAAUCGAGCCUUGUGGUUUUUGAAGCUAAUUUCUGUGGGUGGUCAAGGAAACAAUAGCAGCGUUAACAAACAGAAAAAAUCCACAAGCGAUCAGUUAGCUUCUGAACUCGCCUCAGUAUUUACCAGAUACGUUAAGUUAAUGUUAACUCAAAUGAACGAUUGUGCCAAACUAGAAUCAAAUAUUGUUUAUACUGAUCGUUGGCCUCAUUUUGUAUAUAUAUGUAAACAUGCUUACGAAGAUGGGAUGAUUGAAAAGCAGGAAUUUUUGAUGGAUUUAUUAGAUAUAUUCAAUGACCGAUUUGUACAACCUAUUGCAAACUGUCACAGUGAUAAAUCAUUACUUCAUUCUAUUUUGCAACACGGAUCUGGGCUUCCAUCAAGUACUAAUUUUCACUACACUGCAUUAUUUCGUAUUUUCCUCUUAUUUAUUUGUCAAUAUACGGAUCAAAUUACACAAAAUAUUGUGUUGUCAAAAAGAUGUGCAUUUCUGACGUGCCGAAGGUUGGAAUUGUUUCGGGAUGAAGCAGAAGAACGAGAAGGAAGAUCAAUAGACUGUGCUGCUUUAUUUGAUGAUAUGCAACAGUGUAUCCAUCAGCGUGCAAUAAUUUUGACACUUUGUGGCAUGCUUUAUGCUAUACUUAUUGAUUGUCCUGCAUCUUUGAUAUGGAAUAAAUAUGAAGUAUCAUCGAAUCGUUUGCCUGCAAUGCUUCAUCAGUUAUGUGGGUCACCACUUGAUCAUCUACCUUGCCCUUUUGAAAGUCUUCCUUUGCCACCCGGUCAUGGUACUGAGAAGUUGCAUGAGUUCAUACAGCUUCGACUGGCAGAAGUACGAAGACGUUCUCGUGCCUGUGAAAAUAAAUGGUCAUUAAAUUUUGCUCAGAAAAAGGGUUUCGCUGCUACGGUACUGCAGUGUUUGGAAAUAGUUGCUGUGCUUGAUGCAGCACGUCUAGAUCAGCCUAACUGUAUCGAGAAAAUUUAUGCUGUUAUUUUCAAUGGACCAUCUAAAGAAAGUUUUGAACAUGAACAUGCGAUUCGCGUGAAGAUGCUCCUGCAGUGGGCAGUUACAAUGGAAAGAGAAGGGACAUACCGUGCCAUUCUUGUGGCGCAAUUACUUGCGUUUCGAGUUAAUCAUCGUAAAACUUUUAAAUUUGGUUCGUUGACUUUGCAAGAAAUAUUAUCCGAAUUUCUGGUAACAGAAGGUCCUGAUGUGGAGGGCACUGAUAAAAACCGCUUCUGCCAUGAAUUCGCAAAUCUGAUAUUGUUGUUCUUGGAAUUGCAACGUGCUGGUGUCUUCUCGCAUGAUUUUUAUGUAAAAGAGUUAAUUCGAACGGGAGAAAUGUUGGAAUAUGUGCCGCUGAUGCAAAAAAUUAAAAAGAGGGAAGAUGAUAAGCAAAAGCAGUCUCUGAAUACAUUUACUUCGUCAGCGCUUCCAUCUCAACCAACUGAAGCAACUGUAGCUUUUUCAACACCUACAUUAGCCGCAACGACUCCGCUUGUGACAAUGCCUCCUGACAUACCGGACGAGCAUCCAUAUUUAUGGAGAAAAGAUUUGUCUGUUCAUGAACGUUUGCUAAUACACUUACCUAUUCCACAGUCAGGAGAAUAUAGAAGUGAAUGUAAUCAAAGAUCUCUUCUGCUGUAUGGAAUUGGUGUAGAACGUGAUAACGCUAAAAUAGAAUUGAGGCGAUUUGCACGGGAAUUAACAAAAUUGUGGCAAAAGCGAAUUGUUGUUGAGUUUUCUUUCAAUAAACCUUUAGAAAUUCGAUUUAAAAAACGAGCUACGCGUUUCAGGUCUUGCACUUAUUAUGAUCAGUUGGUUCUUAGCGGUUGGUGUUGUGAGUCAUUUGUGCAAAUGGUUCAAGAUUUUGUAGAUGGACAUAGUUAUGUGUUACCUACUGCUGAAGGGCUGGAUAUUCUUUUAGAUAUGUGUGAGCAAGCGCAAAAUAUUGCUGGAAUCAUGGAACUUGCUGAAGAAUUGUUGCCUUUGUUGGUACUAGUUGAGAAGGUGCUUCAUGAACGUCGUGUCGAUUGUGUUCCGAGCAAUAUAUCAGCUCAGAUUGGUUUUGUUUUGACUGCGUACAUUUCUCACAAUUAUUAUUACUUCUUAUACUCUCAGAAUGCGUUCAACAUUGUGCAAGGACUUUAUCAAAUAAUCGAGACUCAACUAAAAUGUCCGGACUCAUGUUUGACUGGUUGGAGUCGCACAAUUGCUGUGUUUGUGCUUGAUGCAAAAAAGCAGCUCAUUGAAACUGGUUUGUGCAAUCGCAAAAUUGAGGCGAAACGUGAACUGUUAAAACGUGUACUGCCACCAUGGAAACCUGUACUCAGCUCUACAGACAAAAAUGCAUGCACAGGACAGCGAUAUGCGUACAAUGCUAGCACUUUCAAAGAGCUGCUGGAAGAACCAAAGCGUUUUUUUUCUUUCAAUGAAUACCGGCGUCUACAUGGCAUAAUUGAUGGAACGGAUGAUGCUCGUUACAGUUUUGUUGUGAGUGCAUUGCUUGCAGCAGCACGAAGUAAAAACAGCGGAAAUGGAAAUGAGGGCACAGGUGGAACAAUAGGAGAACGAUCCACUGGAGAUCGGUUGGUAGAAUUGGCAAAUAUUUGUGGACAUGUAAGUGCACAAGCAGCUCAAACAGAAAAACAUUUGGAUUGGUGUGGUGCUCUUCAAGCACUAUGUUGUUCAAGUUUACAGGGCGGGACCUCAAAUUUUCCUGAUCUAUUAAUGGAAAUAAAUGUGGAAGACUCAACAUGUCAUUAUAAUAUCGCUACUUUUUAUAUGUUGUUGGCAGGACGAAGCUGUUUCAGCAUUAAUGCACUGGUUCAUCAGUUAUUGCAUACUGCACUUAAGUCAUUGCUGAACUGCGGAAUUGGUAAACCUCCCGAUGCUGAUGCUGAAGCAGGCGUUUGCUUAGCGCUUCUAGUAUUGACUAAUAUUGUAUGUCAAAACGAUCAACCCAUAAUUUUGUCACCACAAUACACUGGAGAGCGGAUCAUUUCAAAUAUCAGUAAAGCAGAUCGAUGGAUUUUAACGGAAAGUCAUCUUCAUGAUGUAGGAGAUGAAGUUUGUUCCCUGCUAGUAACAAUAUGCAUGAUUGCUGAUUACACUAUGAACAAAUUGAGAGAUCGGUAUUCAGAUGAUAAUAAGUCUGUGGAUCAACGUGCAUUUCGUCGUGAGUACAUCUCUGAACUGUCUAAAGGAGUACUAACAGCAAUGUGUGAACAAGAGUGGGUCACGCAGAGGAUUUACAAACGUUGUGAGGAUGGUGCAAUGGAUUGUUUUUCUUCACAUCAGCUUCGAAAGAACUGUUUGGGUCAGCAGUUACUACGUAUGGCUUUGCGGAGACGUAGUGAACGUGAAAUUGUGAAGGAAUUAACCAUUUGUAAUGGUAAUAGUAAGAAGUCGCUGAUUGAUAAAUUGCUCAGUAUUUCACCAGAAGGCUGUACAAGUAAGCAUGCUCAGCAAGGUGCAAUCGCUGCAGAUGCUUUACUUGGUGAAAUGGGCAAAUGUUGUCGAGAUUUAUUCACUCAUUCUCACAAAUCAGAUAAAAAAUUACCACCGGCUGCUGUAGGAAAAGCAUUUAGGUUGAAGGAUAUUACAGCUUACUGGUUGAUAAGUCCCUUAGUGCAUGUCUGUCCACGACCAGGAAAUUUGCCAGCUUCAUUUCCAGCAAUAACUGUUCAAGGAAAAUUUCUCAAAGAAGCAGCGGCAAUGCUAGAUACUUCUUCAGAUAACAGCAAAGAAAAAAUACAGCAAAGUGCAUGGCUUUUGAGUCAGGAACCAUUCCUGAACCUCGUACUGACAUGUUUAAAUGGUGAAGAGCAGCAGCGUGAUGGCUUAGUGGGAUCAAUGCUCAAACAACUUCAGGAUUUGGCUUUGAAAGCAAAGGAAAAUCCUCUGUUACCUUACUUGCGUAUAUUCUCUUUGGAACGUGAAGGAGUGUUGUUGCGUAUAUCACUGGUUGGAGGGAUGUUUGAUUCAGUAUGUCACCCCUCGAAUUGUGAUACUUGGGCAUUGACACUUUUUCAGCUAAUGUUGUAUGGAGUUGUUUCAAGGGAAAGAGAUAGGUAUUUAUUCGAUUCAUGUUUUGAUAUGUUAUCAACGUUAUUAGUUUGGUCAAUUACUGACCCAAUGAAUGCAGUUCCAGUAAAUCCUCAAGAUACGGAUACGAAAUAUCGAUUUGCUAUCUAUUCUGUGAUCGUUAAAAAAUUGCGAAAAGAGCUGAAUGAACAUGCGUUGAUUCCGGAACUUCGAUCACUUAUGCAGUUCUUACCAAUUCCUAAACCGCAGUUCGAAUUAAUUACUUGUGAACCAUAUGGUACUAUUCCGACAUCGCCUCAGAAAAUUGGAAAGAGUCAGUCACAAGGACAGAUUAAUCAAUCUACAAUUAAAGCUAGUCGUCGUGGCUUACAAUUCGCCGAAAAAGUUAAAUUAUCAGCCUACGACAUUAUACAAUAUCUGAAUGUUGACUUUGCUUUUCUAAAGCGCUCUUGGAAUUGGUCAAUGCUGCAGGCCGUAAAACUAGAUCGUGUACCCAUUCCUGUUCAGCGAUACAUUCAGCGUCUUGUUCAUCACUCUCAUUAUAAUGAAUUUUAUUAUUAUGAAUUCAGAAAAGUUAUCAGUUUUUGUAGACCACCUAACUUGGAUAUUUAUCUUUCACCACCACUGAUGGAUGUAUCGGAAACUCCAGCUGCACUACAUCACGUUUCUUCCAGUACUUCUACUUCUACAACCACAUCGACUAAUUCUGCGAAUGUGCCAGUUUCUGCAGGAGGUCCUACGGUAGAUAUAAAUUCAGCGCUUGGACAAGGAGCACAAGGUCGUCCUAUGGGUUAUCAACCAAAUUCUACAUCUGGUUGUGGACAACCUAUCCCUGAUGGAUCUGCAUCAUCUGCUGCCGGAGCAGGGAUAGUAUUCCCAGGACAAGGUGGUCCGAUGCCAGUGCUUUCAGAUUUAGCAGUACGAGGUCAGAACAGUUCAUCACCAAGAGGUGCACGAGGCGGUCGUCGCAAAGCAACAGGUAUUUCUACACGUUCUCAAGGUACAACUCGUAAGCAACGACAGCAACGGCAACAGACAGUAGAUCAGUUGGCUGUAGCAGCAGCUGCUGCAGCUGCAGCUGCUGCGCAGCAGCAACAACAAAUGACUGCUGUUGGUCCAUCACCUCAAGCAACUUAUCCAGGAACUUGGACUUCUGCUGGUCCACAACAGGCACUGGGGCAACAGUUUGCUGCGCCACCUUCAGCACCUUCUGCUGUUGGUCCGCCAGGUGUUGCGAUAAAUAACCAAACGGCAGAAGAUUCUAAAAUGAAGAUCCAUUCGAUGAUAUUGCAGAAGCGACAGGCACAGGCAGCCAGUGGUGUCGGUCCUGCGCAACAGGGUGCAAGUGCAGGUGGACCUCAGUCAGCUAUGCAAGAUGUUAACGGUAAUACAAUACUUAUACUCGGUUGUGCAACAUAUCAAAUGGCUGGAGGGUCUGUACAGUAUGGUGGAGGUAUGCUGAUGAAAAUGGAAGCUGGUCCAAUGCCAAUGGCGGAUCAUAGCCAACAACAACAGCAGUAUGCUCAGCAGCAACAGUUAAUUCAAAUGCAGCAAGGUAAAAGCGUGCAUUUUCUUCCACUAAAAUCAAUUUUUGUAGAUCCUCAAGCAAAUUCUCAAUACGUUGUUCAUCACCAGCAACAGCGGGGUAUGCCUUACGGGCAGCAGUCUGUGCAGCAAGCAGUUUAUGAUUCUAGGUUACAAUUUUAA